CUUUCUUGCCAUUACCAAAACUUCUGUUCAUUAUCAAUUUAGACCAGAGGUGAAAUUUUUUUUCAUGAACCGCAAAGCAAAGUAACCGACGCAACUUUUUGAGUGAGUUUACUGAUAAAUGAAAUACCCCGAACAGCUUCAGUGAUCGAUAGUCGUCUGUAUCAUAUUGUACCACGGUUUCCCUUCCUAUGGACAGUGAUGGACAAGGCACAUGUCAGGUGGGUUGAUGACAACUUCCAGGUGCUCCUGGACGAGCUCGAGUUGAGCCCCAGCUUCUACCGGCUGCUUCAAGCCAAGAAAGUAUUUUCUUCUGAGCAGAUCAAACGAAUCAAGGCCGAGUCCACCACCAGCCGGCGGAAGGCGAGGUUAUUGACAUUACUGAGGCAGCAGAACCCGGAUGUACUGAGCAGGUUUUGUGACGUACUUGUGGACACGGACCAGAGAGGACUGGAGAGGCUACUUAGGGACAAGCAAAGACAAACAAAGAAACAUCCCGUCCUCUUCGAAUCCGUUGACCGAGGCAGCCAUCGUCUUGAGACGGGACAAAGACAAAACUUUAAGACAAAAGCAAAGAAACUGACGAGGCAGAUUGAGGCGGGCCUUGAGGACGAGAACUUCGUCCUGGAGCGGUUGGUGGGAGGAAUGCUGAGGACCCGGGCACAGGUGCUGGAGGAAAAGCUACUACAGGACAAGAUCAGGGGGCAGAAGAAAGCCAUGGAGAGAAAAAUGCUACAGGACUUACAGGCAAAGGUACAGGCCCUCGAACAGGAACUCAGUGACUACAAAGAGGCACAGAAGGUGAUUUGUGAAGAGAAAGAAAACGCCAUUAGAGACAUGGAACUCGCCACCACAAGGAUCUCGGAGUUGGAGAAGUCGCUGGAGGAGGUGGUUCAGGAGCGGGACUUCAUGAGGCGGGAGCGGGACGCUGCUGUCCGGGCCGAGUGGCUGGCGACAUUGGAGAAGACACAGCUGAUGAGAGCCAGGGAGGACGCCGGGGAAGGAGGGAGAAAAUUCAGGAAAGCACAGCAAGGAGCGCCUCCUGUAGGAUUGCCAAAGACGCGCAACGUACACCCCAAAAUGAAACCUACGGCUCUUCGUGCACUGCUGCAGAGAUGAUAGCUGAGAUGAGACUGACUUGCUACAGACACGUACCGUCUCAAACCUCUUAGAUUAAAACAGCUGAAACACGUUUGUGAUGAAGCAGAGUAAAAAAUACCCCCGUCUUCCUAUACAGUAUCAGAGUGGGUUAGAUAUAGAAGCAAACAUUAUUACAUUGCAGGAAUUUAGUAUUAUUCCAUCAACUGCUGUCAGUCAGGUACAUACAGUUGCAUGCAAAUUGUUCAACUCUCUUCACAUUCUCACUAUUUUGUCGAAUGAGGAAUAUUACAACUGCAGAACAUGUCAAAAUCCUAUCCAAUCAACAGAUUGCUUAUUACUACUUUACUAAUUCCGGAUCAAAAUUCAAUAUUUCUUUCAUUGUCCAUGCAAAAUUGCAAAUUUCACGACUUCGGUUCCUCUUACGACUCCCUGAUAAAUCGUGAAAUGUGGUUUGUCAACACAUUUGGAGUCAUUGCAUAAUAACAAAUAUCACGAUUCUUUCCGGAAUCAUCGGAACACGGGAGCUCCACAUGGCCAUGUCAGACCUUCUGGUAAACAAAAUAACAUAAUGGAUGUUUUCGUAUUAUCAUAUAUUGUUUAAUUAGCAGAAUUUUUAUGUUUAUUCUGUAUUCUUUCUUCCUUUUUGUAGUUGAUAUUGGACCAUACAAAAGUCACUGUACUUUUUGUCGUGUCAAUAAAGCUUGACUAGUAAUCAUCAUGGCGGACAUUGGAAAUGCAAUAGGGCAACCACUUGAGCUCUCCUGCAUGUGCUUAUCGUUGAUAUUUGGGAGAUUAAGCUAGGUACAAAUAAAGAAGAACUGACUGGACCAUGUGAUGGAUCCGGACAUAAAUCGUCAGACAACAACACGUGUGACUGCGUCCGUCCGGGGUGCACAAGGGGAAUAUGAUUGUGUAUUCGUAAUUGGUGUGUACGGACAGGAGACUUGACAUCCAACUAUAGAUAUCAAACAUUGCAGCUACAAAAACAAGGAAACUAAUUUUAGCUUACCGAGUUGAAGAUGUGAAAAAUUUGCCGUCUAUUUCUUGUGCAAACUUGACGUGUAUUUCGAGUAAUCUAUACCAAUCAUACAUUUGUUAUAAAUGCUGUAUGCAAAUUAUCAUUAUCAUGCAUGUUAGAAUUUCUUGGGUCAAGGAGUCCUUUGUGUGUUAGAAAUAGAAUUUCGUCAAAGAUCACGUCUAUGUUCAGUUUGAUAAAUUACACGUUGCCCAAGUUCAUACAUGUCACUGGAGAGUACUAAAGAUACUUUCCAGUCACAUUCCUACUGAACCGCCCUUUCUAGUUCUCCUUGGUAGUUACUUUCAAUGUAACAGACCCUUUUCAACAUUCAAAUUAUUAUGUUGAUGACGUACAGUGGCUUGUACUCUGGGGAGUGUAUGGAUACAGUAUAGCUCGAGCGAAAUGGAGCACAAACGUUUACAUACAAGUUGCAUUCAUC